CUCCGCUUACGCUAAAAAAAACUCCAACUCCGCUUCCCGUCCGUGUGUGGCGAGGACGGCGCCCAAAUGAACGCAAGCGAGGACGGCGCCCGCCGCCGCCGCCGUUCCCAAACCCACGACGAGGCAGACGGAGUGGCCCGCCUCCAUCCUCAGGUUCACGCGGGCGAGGAGGGAGCGGGAGUGGCUCGCGGGCGCCGUACGCGCCCCCGCGCCCGCCCUCGUUCCCAGAUCCACGCGACCGGCGAGGGCGCCGGAGUGAUCUGUUGCGUCAGCAUUCCGGCGGCGCUGGCCUCGCCGUUCGAAGACGACGACCUCCUGAGGGAGAUUCUCCUCCGUCUCCCGCCGCAGCCCUCCUCGCUACUCCGGGCCUCCGCCGUCUGCAAGCAGUGGCGAUGCGCCGCCACCGACCCCAAGUUUCUCCACCGCUUCCGCACGCACCACCGGAAGCCGCCCCUCCUCGGCGUCUUUCACGUGCGCAACAGGGAUGAUAUCGUCUUCACCCCAAUACUGGACGCACCCGACCGCAUCCCUCCUCAGCGAUUCGACCUUAUUAGCAGCACGGAGGUGGUGCUCUUACUGCUCGAUUGUCGCCACGGUCGCGUCCUUCUCAUUGACGUGAAGCGGGAUGAGGCCAUCGUGUCCACCCCCAUCACCGGCGAGCAGCGCCACCUGCCAAUUCCGUCGGAGUUCGAAUUCACCGAUGAUGUCAACGGGGCUGUGCUCUGCGCUGCCAGCGACCAUGACCAUGUGCACGGAAGCUGCCACUCGAGCCCCUUCAAGGUAGUGUUGAUCUCCGAUGUUGGAGAGGAUAAUCGAUUCUUUGCUUGUGUUUACUCCUCGGAGACUGGAGUAUGGAGUGAUAUCAUCUCAACAGCCGUUCCACCUGUAACUUUUUGUGCUGAUACCCCUGGGGUGCUUGUUGGUAAUGCACUUUACUGGUUGAUGGAUUUUAUGACCGAUGACAUACUUGAGUUUGAUUUGGAUCAGCAGAGCCUAGCUGUGAUCAAGGGGCCUCCCAUUACAGAUGAUUUCCGCCAUGCCAGCCAUUGGAUCGUCCAGGCUGAGGAUGGUGCUGUUGGCUUCGCCAUAUUGACUUGCAGUCACUUACAAAUGUGGCAGAGGAUUAUAAAUGUCCAUGGUGUUGCCACAUGGGUGUUAUGGAAGACCAUUGACAUGCAUACCAUUCAUGGGCUCCCUCCCCAGAUUGAAGGAGAGAAGACACACAUGAUACGUAUAGCGGGAUGCAUUGAGGAUACUGAUGGUAUAUAUCUAUUUGUAGGCUGUGAUGUCUAUAUGGUUCAACUUAAUUCGAUGCAGUCUAGGAAACUUUGUGAAAACCGUGGUUAUACUUACUAUCAUUCGUUCAAGAGUUUCUAUCCGCCAGGCACAACCAUUGCUGGUGCAUGCGAUGGAGCUGAAAUGUUGCACGAUACAUAGGAUGACUGUCUGGUUUGAUGUUCUAAUGUGCUGAAACGGUUCAGCAGGUGAAGAAGGGCUGCUGCACUUGUUAGUUGACACUGAAUUUGUCGCAUUGCAUCAAUGUCGUCAGCAGUGUCUAUAUGUUAUCUAAAACGACUUACCGUGCCUUAGUCUAGCCAAGUCUCUAUUAGCAAGAUGCUUUUGAAUGCCUGAUCCAGUGAAUUUCAGCUUAACCCAGUAUUAUUUCAGGCUGGAUUUCGUCGUCUCUUGUUUUUGUUAUGUAUUUGUGCCUGACAGCUCUUCUCCUGAGCCAUGAUAGUUUCAGUCCCAUGUAUUACCAAAACUUGUGUGUUUGAGUGUACUUGUCAGCUGUGGUUUGAAAAGCAUGUCAUUGCCAUCGAUUAAAUAUGAUCAUGAUCUACCAUGAUCUGCCCAUGCUGUUUUGUCCCGAGUGAGAAUGAGUUUUGCUUUGCUGCAGCUUGUGCAAUAUUUACCUUUUAAUGGUUCAGACGAGCCAGAGUACUCAUAAUUAACUCAACUGUUUGCGGCUGAAGGUAUGGGACCUGAUGAUAACCAUACUUGAAACCAUAGUAACUGGGCAGCUGGAGGUUGCAUUCUUACCCUGGGAGGGUUUGAUAUUGCAUUUGUCUGUUAAUCAUUCUCUGCUGGACUUCUCAGUGAUUUCAACAUUUUUUAUACUACUGAAGUUAACGCAUAUUAAAUCAGGAAUGCAGUAGAACCGAAUGUAAUUCUUUAGAUGGAUCAAUCUCUGAUUAUCUCCCAGGUGUCUGUUUCGCUCCUUGCUUAAUCGAUCCAGACUUGUGUAUGAUGGAAACAUUAUAUUAUGCUAGAUCGUGCUGGGAGUUGGUUGCACGAUGAAAAGAAGUACAGGUCUGCCUGGGAGUUGGUUGUAGGUCUGCCUUGGAGUUGGUUUUAGGUCUGCUUGGGAGUAGAGGUUGCAGGAUAUAUAUUGUGCGGCAGGCGGGCGCGCGACGGCUGCUACUCGUUGAAGGUGUAUAUCUAUUCUUAUAUGCUCCCUGGUACUUGGAAAUCGGAAUUGUGUCCAGCGUUCUCAUUUUGAUUUAAUGCUGCCCUCGCCAUUAAUUCCUGAAGAGCUUAAAAACCCACCCACUAAUGUAAACAUCAACGAGGAUGCCAAGCUGACUCCGGCGCAAUCUGAAAGAUUCCUUUUCUGAAAAAACUUGGAAAAGAAGGUGAUUGUUCAAAUAGGAGUCUUAUGUAGCUCAGUUAGGCUCACGUGCAACUCAAGGCUUCCACAUUGCUUGCUGACUACAAGAAACUACAUUGUCUUUUUCAUACCAUAGUUAUCUUUUUGAGGGGCAAUUGACAGAUGCUCAGUCAGCUACCUUCUUGUUCUGCCUUUGAGCUUUUGUUUUUAUGACAACUGUUGUAAAGUAAAACUUGAUAGAAGCUUGGAUGUUGUAAACCCGGGUAAGAGGGAAUAUUUUGUGGUUUGGGGUUGUCUUUUCUGAAAGUGUAUCCACUUGUACUGUAUUUGGCACUACAUCAUACAAAAUUGAGAUAUAUCCUUUGGGUCCAAA